AUGAUGAAAGCCAGCGAGUCCAGUGGAUCAGCUUUCCUGAAGGUCGAUCCCGCCUACAUCCAGCAUUGGAAGCAGCUUUUCCCUCAGACCCAACUGAAAGUCAGCUCCCUGACAGCCAUCCCAAUCCCAAUCCCAAACCCAAACCCACUGCAGCCGCUCGACAGAGCCGAUCCGCCGCCUGACAGCGUGCGCCAGCACCCGGGAGCGCACGCCUCAUCUACAUCCACCGCUCCCUCCUCCUCCUCCUCCUCCUCCUCCGUGUGCCCCCUGUCCCUCUCCGGCCUGGCCCCGGUUUCCGUGCCGCAGAUCUCGGGGUUGGGGCAGCUGCAAGGCUCCGAUCCGCCCUCGGCGUUCAACGGAAGCCAAAGCAAAGGGCUGGGCUCCUCUGGCACCGAGAGAGCCCUGAGAUUCUCCUUCACGGCAGAGGAUCUGGACUAUUACCUGUACGGGCAGCAGAGGAUGGAGAUCAUCCCCCUCAACAACCACACGAGCGACCACAACAACCGCUGUGACAUGUGUGCUGACAAUCGGAAUGGCGAGUGCCCGAUGCACGGGCCGCUCCACUCACUGCGCCGUCUGGUGGGCACGAGCAGCAGCACGGUCGUAGCUCCCCCUGAGGUGCCAUGUGGGCUGCGGGAGCUGCCACGGGAGGUGUGUCUGUGUACGAGUACCGUGCCAGGCCUGGGCUACGGUAUCUGCGCUGCUCAGCGCAUCCCACAGGGCACCUGGCUCGGACCCUACCAGGGAGUUGCCAUCAGCAGGGAAAAGGUGCAGAUGGGAGCUCUCCGGAACAGCCGCCACCUCUGGGAGAUAUAUGACCAGGAAGGAUCGCUACAACAUUUCAUCGAUGGCAGUGACCCCAGCAAAUCAAACUGGAUGCGAUAUAUCCGAUGUGCAAGACAUUGUGGGGAGCAGAACAUAACAGUUGUCCAGUACAGAUCAUGCAUAUUCUACAGAGCUUGUGUGGACAUCCCAAGAGGAGUGGAGCUCCUAGUCUGGUACAAUGACAGCUACACAUCAUUCUUUGGGAUCCCAUUUCAAUGUGUCGCACAGGAUGACAAUUUGAAUAUCCCUUCGUCUCUUGCUGAUGUAAUGGCCAGACAUGAGACUUUGCAGUCAUUCAACAAGACCAGCAAGAUGCCUCCCACCGGUGUGUACCGUUCCAUGGGGACAUCAUGCAACAAGUCACUGUGUGACAAGUCAGGCCAGGCUGAGUUAAUAGCCAACCAGGGUCAUAUGAAGAACCAACGAAUACUGGCAAGUCCAACUUCAACCAGCCAAUUAAAUGGAGAAUUCAGUGACUGGCACCUAUGGAAAUGUGGACAGUGCUUUAAGACCUUUACUCAACGGAUUCUUCUACAGAUGCACGUGUGUCCACAGAACCCAGACAGGCCUUACCAGUGCGGACAUUGCUCCCAGUCCUUCUCCCAGCCUUCAGAACUGAGGAAUCACGUAGUCACGCACUCCAGUGACAGACCUUUUAAAUGUGGCUUCUGCGGACGUGCCUUUGCUGGAGCUACAACAUUAAACAAUCACAUUCGGACACACACGGGGGAAAAACCAUUUAAGUGCGAGAAGUGCGAUCGGAGCUUCACACAAGCCACCCAGCUGAGCAGACACCAGCGGAUGCCCAACGAGUGCAAGCCAAUAACAGAGAGCACAGAAUCAAUUGAAGUGGAUUAACUGAUUGACUGGCUGGAAUUAAACUGCAAGGAAAGUCAUGAUUAAAUGUCAUGGACACUUAAGCAAAACCAAAGAUUUCCUCUGAGCAACUUUCAAUCAGUCCCAGAAAACCAAAAGCGGUAAUAAAAUAAGUAAGACGUUAAAAGAUAUUGAUCUUGGCACGGGAAAGAGAGCGAGCAAGAGGGAGAGAGAGAGAGAGAGAGAAAGAAAUUGAGAGAGAGAGAGAGAGUGAGCAGAAAAAGAGAUUAUUUAUUUAUGACUAGAGAUACAACUCAUUCAAUGGACAAAGAAUUGGAAACUUGCGUAGAUUCUUAUGCCCAGAAUAUAUUACAUUUCUAAGAGCCUUUUAAUUGUUAUUUAAUACCAAAGCAAGAAAAAUAUUAAUUUGUGGCUUCAGCAGCCCGCAGUCAUGACCGAGAAUGCACAUUGUUUUAUUGCACCUUUUUAGCAUGACUUGAGGGACGUGGACUGUCCUCUUCUUUUUUUCUAACCUUACUGUCU